AUGGGAGACUGCUUGGCCACCGAGCCGCUGGCGGUUCCACGGACAUCGGACAUCGUCCAAGGCCUCCCGCGCAUCGACCGGCUCUUCGAGGCCGCCAACAAGCAGCUCGAAGCUCGCCUGGACAGGAUCUUUGAAGAGGAGGCGAGGCGGCGCAGCAGCUUGGAUGCUGCAUAUGCAGCUCGCCAAAGGUUUGAGCAGGAGCUCUUGGCAGACAUUCAGUCUGCCUAUGGUGAACAGGGCGUGAACAUCAGCAGCAAGCACAUUGAGGUGGUCGUGCGCAGGAUGACGGAGAAGUGCAUAAUAGAAGAAGGAAUAAGUGGCUUGCCACCUGGCACUUUAAUGAACUACGUUGAGCUCGAAGGGCUCUGUGCUCUGCAACCAAGUGGAGAGGUGAGGGUGAGACCUACCGUCCGUGGGCUCACCGCGAUCGGCCGGGAUGGUAGCCACGUGUUGGUGGCCAUGGGGUUCCGAGAAGUGGACAACGUCGUCGCCAGCGCCAUUUUCACUGGUGCAGGCCGCUAUGGCUUUGAGGGUGUCAAGGAGAACCUCAUGAUUGGGAAAGCAGUUAGCGUUGGAAGCAAGACGGCCUCUUCAGCAACAUCGGCCGAUUGUGAGAUUGACUUCGAUCGUAUUCCUGAUUGGGCUGAAAAGGACGCGGUCUCCGCCGGAUCUCUCGCAAAGAGAAUCGACGGAAUGAAGGCUCAAAUGGAGGCGGGAAGAGAGGCCACACGAAGACAACUCGAUGCUUUGCAGCAGCAGCAGGAGAGCUUGGAGAAGAUCUCCAGUCCAGAAGACUUUGUGAAUUUCAUGACGAAGGAAGGCGGUGUGUCCCAAGAGGACUUGCAGAGGAUGCUGACGGGCGACCCAAAGCACAUGGAGGACCUAGUUGCAAAGAUGUUGAACAAAGCUGCAGAUCCAGGUGAGAGUGCAGUAGCGCUUGCUGGUGCAGAGGAAGCCAUCAAAAGUGCAGAAGAACUUCACACUCGCGAUUCCUGCAUGGUUGUGUGUGGCCGUGUGUUUCCUUUGCUAGUUGCAACCGGUCGUCCCCUGCUGCUUGGCGGAUGA